CCACGCGCACGCACAACACACACACACACACACGCACAACACACACACACGCACACACACACACACACGUACACAGCGCGAUAGAGUCAUUUUCUCUGGGGGUCAGUUUCCCAGCUGGGUUGCCAGAUUGCUUAUGAAGAUGAAGAGCUUUAGUCCAGCCUGGAAAAGCAGCGUCUAACAUCCUGCUCCAAAAUCCCCCAUGGACUCACCCGAGGAGCAGUUGCUCUUCUUCACACCGCGGUGAUGCACGAGCAUCUCGCUCGUGGGAUUUUCACUGAUUUUCACUGAUUUUAAUGACUUACUGGCCCAUUUUUUCCAACGCCCAGCCAAAAGCAGCCCAGUUUGGACUGCUUUGAAGAUGCCUACGAUCGAAUCCCAGUGUAAGUGACCGUUCCUUUGAUACUGCAGGUGAAGGGUGAGUGAGGGCCUCUAAGAUGGAUUUCCAGACGUCCAUUGAGGAGUGCAGCAUGGCUCUGAACCUUGUGCUCAACAACAAGUUCUCUGAAGCUCUGGACCUGCUCAAACCAUGGUCUAAGGACAGCAUGUAUCACGCGUUGGGCUACAGCAGCAUUCUGGUGAUGCAGGCAGCCAUGACCUUCGAGCACAAAGACAUCCAGACUGCCAUGGCAACCAUCAAAGAGGCCCUGCACACCUGCCAGAGGUUCAGGAAGAGGAACUCGAUGGUGGAAUCUCUGUCCAGCCUGGUCUCGAAACAAUCCUGCGACAGCCUGAAAGCAGAGGAGAUGCAUGCGGAGAUCUGCUACGCUGAGUGCCUCUUACAGAAAGCCACUCUAACAUUCGUACAGGAUGAAAACAUGAUCAGCUUCAUUAAAGGUGGCAUUAAAAUACGCACAAGUUACCAGAUUUACAAGGACUGCCAGCAUGUGUUAAAUAUGUCUCAGGGAGUGGACGGAGAAACUGACACCUUCACACAAUUUGAGGGUGGAGUCAAGCUGGGCAUUGGCUCCUUCAACCUGAUGCUGUCUCUGCUGCCUGCCAGGAUUCUCCGACUGCUGGAAUUUAUCGGCUUCUCAGGGAACAGAGAGUUUGGCCUGGCCCAGCUGAGAGAGGGAGCAGCGAGUCACAGUCUGAGAGCCAUUCUCUCUGCGUUAACCCUGCUCUUCUACCACACAUACGUCUGCCUCAUCCUGGGUACGGGGGAAGGAAACCUAGUAGAAGCAGAAGCUCUGUUAGAGCCUUACCUGGACAGAUUCCCCAAGGGCUCCAUCAUCCUCUUCUAUUCGGCCAGGAUAGCUGUGCUGCGCGGCCACUUUGAGAAGGCGCAGGUGAAGUUUGUGGAAUGUAUUAACGCUCAGCAGCAGUGGAAGCAGAUCCAUCAUCUGUGUUACUGGGAGCUGAUGUGGUGCCACUCGUUCCAGCAGCAGUGGAGGGAAGCUUACCGCUACGCUGACCUGCUCUGCAAGGAGAGCCGCUGGUCUAAGGCGAUCUACGUCUAUCAGAAAGCUGCCAUCCUCAGCAUGAUGAGCGAAGAGGAGGUGAAGAAGACCGGCGAGAACGUGGUGGACCUGUUCAGGCAGGUCGAGGGUCUAAAGCAGCGCUUGGCUGGUAAGUCCAUCCCUACAGAGAAGUUUGCGGUCAGGAAGUCUCGCCGAUACUCGGCAGCGAACCCCGUUAAGCUCAUCGUUCCUGCGCUGGAAAUGAUGUAUGUGUGGAACGGGUUCACUAUCGUGGGAAAGCGGGCGGACGCCACCGAGAGUUUGCUCAUCACCAUCGAGAAAGCAGAGGAGGAGCUCCGCGCUGACCCCAACCCGUCUGAGUUCCACCCAGAUGACCAGUGUCUGGUGCAGAUGCUGAAGGGUUUGUGUCUGAAGCACCUGGGCAGGCUACUGCAGGCCGAGCUGUGCUUCACACAGGUUCUCUCGAGUGAGAAGCGUAUCCGUUAUGAUCACUACUUGAUCCCUUUCACCCUCUAUGAGCUGGGCUUACUGUACAAACAGCAGGGAGACGUCGCCAAGGCAACGCGGUACAUAGAGGACGCCAAGUUGAACUAUAAGGACUACUCCAUGGAGUCUCGGCUUCAUUUCCGGAUCCACGCGGCUCUGAACAGCCUGAAGGGCUCCCCGGUCAAUUCGCCAUAGCAACAGCCCAGACACACAACACGAGGAGCGGACCACCGUCGGAUGCAUCACUAGCACGACCAACUCGAACAUUUAGCUCGCGCAGCAUCACGAGUCGCCGUGGAAACCAGACAAACUACCUUUACAGUACUGUGGCAGCAGAUAAUCACAGGAGCAGAAGCGGAGGUAACCGUACGACACGUAGAGCCACGUUACACACCAAAGCCAGCGUCCUCUCUGUCCAGCCGCACUCAGAGGGGGCAGGCUCAAAGGUAGAGGUCCGCGGUCACUCCUCCACUCUCUCACACACUCGUACCUCGCCUCGGACCGGAGUCAGAGGCUGCUGUAGUGGACGUGUCCCGUUAGUUCUGUAAACGCUGAUUUGGUUCUGGUAGAGCUGCUCUGAGAAUUCUCCACUUAGGAAACACGGCUGCUUCUCUUUACUUUAGACCAAAUAUCCGUGUGUGUGUGUGUGUGUGUGUGUGUGUGUGUGUCUCACGCGUGACGUAUGUGCCUCUGUGAGUUUAUAUGUGUGUGUUUGUUACCAUGUGUGUCUUUACGUACUCUACGGUCUCUUUUUGCAUGCCUUUUACAGCAUUAUUAUUAUUAUUAUUGUUGUUGUUGUUGUUGUUGUUUUUCUGCAGCUUUUGUACUUCAUAUAGUCGCUUAUAUUGGGAGAACAGUGCAAUAGGUGAAAGUCAAGAGAUUACCGCAUCUGCUGUCUGUCUGCUUUUCAUUAAGUCGUUGCCGUACUGAGUGUAAAUUUGCUCUGUUGAUGCAGCUUUAAAAUCGAGAACAAGGUAAAUAUCUGAAAGCAAUAAUGAUUAGGGCCGGGUAUCAAUGUUAAUACCUUUAAUUCAGUACCGAUUCCUGAACUCUCCUGUUUCUGAUACUUUAAAAUAUAUAUAUAUACCCCAGAAGUUGCCCGCCGUUCCAUAGUUAAUGUCCAUAUUAGGAACUUCAAAAAUCGCUUUUCCAGAGCCGAACGUUUUGGCCUGUGUACGUUUUCCCUCUACUGUCCCUCGACCAUUACAGCAGGACAACAGAGGUCUGUUACAAACUGAAAGUGGGUGUGGCUUAACCUAGAACUGCGUGUGCAGUGCUGCUAGUGGGAAUAUCUGCUGAAUACAAAUCAAGAAGCGCCGAUGUGAAUAACAAACGCACGGUUAUAACAUUAUAACAGACAUCGCCGCUGUUCUGUAGCAGUGGAGUACUUCCUUUGGUACUGUACCAUAAAAAAGUAUUGAAUUUUGAUACCCAGCCCUAAUAAUGAUUAGACACUAAUAAGAGUUUAGUGUAAAGAUAUUUAAUAUAUUUUUAAUUUUAAAUAAUUACAAUGAAUAAACUUAGCCUAAAUUAGCAAACAUCAGCUGUGUUAUGAACCUUUUUAUUGCUUUAUUUACUGUGUAGUGAGAGAGCGUGUGCUGUAUAAAUAAAGGAAUAUCAGAAUAUUAUACGCUAAUUGGGAAUCACAAAAAAUCUGCAUGCACAAAAUCACACGGAUAAAUCUCGUUUGCGUUUUAUUUCAUUUUAAUUUCUAAAUUAAAAUAAAUUAUAAACAUGUCCAGGUCACGUGUUCUUUAGUGCAGGUGUUCUCCAGUCAGACUCACUGAGUUUUUAUCACUUAAAUGCAACAUUAAAUUCUGCCGGUAAUAAAAUGAGACACAGUUUGAUCAAAAAAACCUAGAAAAUCCAAAUAAAAGUAUGAAAACGUUAUGAAAUGAAAACACAACAUUGGCUACUUGUCGAUGGAACUUUAGGUGUAACUUUAGACCAAAUUUGAUCACAGAUCAGAUUCUGUAAAAUAACGAUUUUUGGCUACUGGACAUGGGAUUUAAAUGCAUGGCUGAUUAAAGGCUAUUUGAGCUUUUUUAAUAGAAUUGAAUUUCUUGGUCUAGCAUUUAUCUUGUUCUGUAUGUAUAUAUGAUCAGAGGCUCCUGCGACCCUGCAUAGCACAACAAGUCAUGUAAUUACCGCAUUAAAGAAGAUUAAGCCAUAAGCUGCAGGCUGCUAGUUGCCUUGUCUGUGUUACGACUGUAACUCCGUGUACUGUACAGCUAGAAAACUGACGCGAUGAGAAAAAACGCGGUGACCUUUUGCUUGGACUCUGCUUUCUAACACGGACGUAACCACGUCGUAAACGUGACGGGCAUGAGUGUAAUAACAGUGCGUAACAGAAUAUUACGGCGUUAUUACUGCUACCAUAACGUUUGAUGCAGUGACAGCUUGUGCUUUUUACUAAACAGCUGUCAUGACAGUUACUGGCAGUAGUGACCUGACACUGUGUCUAUAACACAUUCAUAACAUCUUACAUAAACACUUCAUAACGUGUUCAUGAAUGUUCAAACCGACAUUCAUAAAGCAUGUUUUACAUAAAUUUACAUUACAUUACAAAUUUACAUUAAUCGUAAAAUGAAAUGACAACAAGUCCUCAUUAUUUAUUAUUAUAUGUUAUUUUCAGUGAAAUUUCUGGACAGCCGAAACAAAAAUGACCUCGCUUUGGUCAUUAAGUGCUUUGAGGACAUGGCGCCUGUACGUUUAGCUUCUUUUUAACUGUUUGUUUUCUCAUUGGAUUUCAUUGGAUUUCAUUUAUUGGACUGCAUUUGAUUCUUUACAUGCGGCUAUAAAUAUGCUGGACUGUCAUUCGGCUGCCUCUUAGUGUAGUGGUGCCAUAAAACUCGUGGCCUGUUGAUGCCGGAUAAACGCGUGAAUGUAACUAAACUAUGUUGCAUUGCAGUUUAAAGAUCCGCGUAACAUGCAUGUCUGCUGGGUUAUAUAGAGACUUUACUGCUCGCUGAGAUGACAGUGCUGGCCUGUAACCCCUACAGAGUUACACCUAUGAUGCAUAACAGUAUAUCAAAUAUAUAGAGGCUGUUGAAUGAACCUCUUGGCACAGUAACGUUUUAAAGUAAACUGGAGAUUAAAUAAAGUGCAGAAUGCUUAAGAAAAACACAAACAAUUAAAAAGAAGUCGAAGGCAUAAGCGCUAUGUUUCAGAGUGUCAAAGCACUUAGUGACCGAAGGGGUAAAGCGAGGUUAUUUUUAUUUUGGCUGUCCAGAAAUGAGUUUCAUUGAAAAUAAUAUAGAUUUUCAAAAUAAAAUGGGGGCUUUUAUUUUGAAAAAAUAAGGUCUGUUAGUAAAAUGACACAGCAGUCCAUGUUAAUAUCAUGUAAAACAAAGUGUUAUAUAAUAAAGUUCAUGAACAUGUUGUGUUUAUAAGUUAAGUGAUACUUUUAUUAGUCCCACAAACGGGGAAAUUCCACCUCCGCGUUUAACCCGUCCGUGCAGUGCCGCACCACAUACACACUAGUGAGCACACACACACACACCAGAGGGCA